AUGGUCGCCUCCAAAGCCCACAGUGGAAUCCGCCAGUAUAUGAAAAAUAAGCCUGUGAAGUGGGGUUAUAAGCUGUUUGUGCUGGCGGAUUCCACAAAUGGUUACACCUGGGACUUUUUCAUUUAUGAAGGCAAGGGAUCACCGAUCAUCAAGGGGCUCAGCUAUGACUGCGUAAAACGUCUCACGAAUACGCAUGUGCUUGGCACCGGGUACAAGUUAUUUGUUGAUAACUUUUACACAAGCCCAGAUCUAUUUCGUGACCUCCUGGCAAAGAAGAUCUGGGCCUGCGGUACCAUUCACGGACAGCGUAUAGGAUUCCGAAAGGACAGGCCAGGCGGGCUUGUGAGGUCGUCUCCCCGGGGAACCAUUCGCUGGAUCCGCGAGGGGCCCCUGGUGUUUGUGCAGUGGAGGGACACCAGAGAUGUGCUGAUGUGUUCCACGUUUCAUUCAGCACAUGGACAGGACAGUGUCCGGAGACAGAUCAAGAGUGCAGAUGGGCAGUGGUCUGUGCAGGAUGUAUCCGUUCCACCAGCCAUCAAGGAUUACAACAGGAACAUGGGUGGUGUGGACCUGUCGGAUGCCAUGAUUGGCUACUACUCAGUCCUGCACAAGAACAGGUACCGGUCUUUCCUGUACCACUUCAUCGACAUCGCCAUCAUCAAUGCCUUCAUCCUGUACAAGGAGAAGGCCAUUGCAAGGCAGGAAAAGGUGAUGUCGCACAAGGCCUUUCGAGAGACCCUGACAAGAUGGAACAGCAGCCUCUACAUGCUGCAGAGCCUACUGCAACAAAAACGUGCUCCAAGUGUCUUUGCAGCUAAGCGCACUCUACCAGCAACACUGACAGCUCACCAGUGGGAGCUGAUGAAUAAGACUGCUCAUGUGCCAUCUCCCUUUGAAGAGCUGACCAGGGAUUUGCAGAGUAUGAAGCUUUGUGACAUGGUGUUGUCUCAGCUUAUGAAAGAUUUCGUUCAUUUGAACAUCCAAACGCAGCACAGAAGUCCGGCAUCAUCCAUGAAUGUGAAGUACAAGUACCUGUACAAAGAUGGCGGCGGUUGA